GAGAUGUCGAGCAUGCUGGCCAACAUGGAGCGUAGAUUGGGAGAGCAGUUGCAGGCUAACACCCGCAACCUCUCGGACAUCUUCCAACAGUCCCAGCUGGAGUUCGCGCAAGAGAUGGACGACCUCAGAGCGGAGAUGGCGGCAGUUGCAUCGACGACUCCGAAGGGGCUACCGACCACCACGGGGUGGUCACGCACGGUGGACACCACGAUCCUGGCGAUCACCGCGAGGGCAGACGUGCCGAAGUCUGCGGUGGCGGACUCGCUGCAGCAGCUGCUGGCCGACGCGGACCUGGCGACCGUCCAGCCCGACGCCACGCGGCUUGAGGGAGAGGAGAUCGGACGCCGCUUCAAGCUACGCUGCUUGGGCGCGACGGGGCUCGCAGAGCGCCGGUGCGGCAAGCUCCUGGAGCUCCUGCGCACUGGCCCGUCCUCGUGGGUGCACCUCAAUGUGGGUAAGGACCGCAACCAGUCCCAGAUCUCUCACGAGAUCCAGCUCAAGCGCCUCCGCACCGAGCUGCGAGAGCACAUUGCUGACCGCCUCUUCGUGGGCAAGGAUACCAUCGCGGUCAAGUGGAGGCAGCUGGUUCGCCUCUCAAUCGCUGCGCCAGGGGCGAAGCCGCAAGUCUCGUGGAACAUGGCGGCGGUGCGCUCGAUCGGCCAGGCGGAGCAGGCACUGCAGAUCGUGGCGGACCGUGCGCUGGCCCCUGAGGGCGAGAGCAUCCACCUCGGCACAUGGAACUGCAGGGCCCUCAAGCAGACGGGGAAGCAGGGCAUCCGCAAGGUCAAGAAGAAGCUCAAGUACCUCCAGAACUAUUGGAAGGGUCCAGUGAUACUGGGCUACAAGAGACGCCAGCGCCAGUGGCUUGAUGCGCUGCGAGGUGCCACAGAGCUGAUGGCGGGCAAGCCCACUCACUGGAAUGCGAGUACAAGAACCAGCACGACCAUAGACCGGAUGUUUGUGGGGCUCCCGCGCUGGGCGCUCUGCCAAGGCCGGCAGUCCUGCCAGCUACGCGGAGAAGCUCGGGGGCUCCACAUCCGCGGGGUCAGCGAUCACUCGCUAGCGGUGGCCUCGCUCAUGCGACGUCCUCGGCCUCAGCGAGACCCUGGCGUGCCAGCCGCCAUCCCGCGGGACAUCGCCAUGGGGCCCCGCUUCAAGGAGAUCGCGCAGGGCUACCUGGAGGCGGCGCCGCUGCAGCACCUUUCGCCCCCCGACGAGUGCAAGUUCUACGCGAGAUUCCGGCGGGCCGCCGCCGACGACGUCCAGCAUGAGCUUCUCGUGGCGGAGGGAUGGUCCAGGGGCUCGUCUGCCAUCAUUUGGCGACAGCUGGCCCGAGCCUGCUGGAGGCAAAACUGGAGGCUGGCGCAGCUGGUGGUCACCCAGAACGCACGGGCGCAGGAACUGGCGCGGGUCGACACGGAGGCCAAGGCAGCGCAGAUCAUCAACUACUCCGAGUUCCAACGGAGGUACAACAUCGCGCAGAGGAAGGAGGCCGCCAGCAUGAGGCGCAGGCUGGAAGAGGACACCAUGCAUGAGACCGACGAGAACAGGAAGAUGCAGUUGAGCGCCCAGCUUCGAGCUCUUCGCAGAAGAGCGCGUCUGCGGGCGCCCAUCAGCGCGCGCCGAUACCUCGCUGUGCUGGAGGUGGACGGGGCUGAGCUCAAGGAGCCCUCGGACAUCCGCGACGCGCUGGGCAGGCACUGGGGCAAGGUGCUCUGCCCCGUGGAGGAGCUCCAGGUGUCCAACGGCGAGCGCACGGCGGACUGGGAUGAGCGGCCUGCCCCGCGGCUGGCAGACGUCCGCCUAGCCCUUCGGCGGGCCAGGCCCGCCGCGCCUGGGCCCGACGGGCUCCCCGCGGCCUCCUGGCUGGCCCUGCCCUCUGGGCCUGCAGUGCUCCACCGUGCGCUGCAGUGGAUGCUGGACGGCAUGAGCAUGCGCUCGGACUACAACUUCGCGAUCGGCAUCUUCCUGCCCAAAG